GAAGAGCAGAUCAAUUACGAGCAGCAUUCUAUCACGACUAGGAUGAGACCACAACUACCACUCGCCCUCCUGGUGUUGACUACCAGCAGCGUUCUCGCAGCUGAGGCCGAAUAUGAACGCUCUUACCGCGAUUGGGCCCGUGCUGAUCGUAUAAGCGCAUACACAGCCGACCUCCUCGCUGCCAUCACCAGCGCGACAGAAGCAACGUUCGCGACCAGUACAGUCGCAUACACCGCCACUACUCCGGCUGCGACGAAGGCUGUGGCCACUACGACCAGUGCUGCGGCGGGUACUGGGGAGGAGGAUGAGACUGCUACGGGAGAUGUGAGUGAGGACGCGAGUGAGAUCUCGUCAAGUAGUCCUUCUACCACGGCGGCGCCGACAACAACGGCUACGCCUACUACGACCAGUACGAGCUCAACGCCGACUACAACUACGACUUCGAUUUCGAUUUCGAUUUCGAGCACGUCGACUAGUACGAGCAGCAGUACUACGCCCAAAGCUACUACGACGCAAGCCUCGACGACUGCUCCGACUACAACUGCCUCACCCACUAAGACGACCAUAACGACCUCCAGUCCUACCACUGUACCAACAACAGCGCCCACCUCCACCCCUGAGCCUGUCACAGUAACAGAACUUCUGACCGUAAACGGAGUCCUAACAACCUCAACCUCAACCUCCAUCCCGUCCGCAACCGCCUCCUCCUCCUCCUCCGAUUCUUCUUCCGCCUCCCUCGCCUCCUCCUCAGGCUCAAACACCUCCACCUCCGGCCUCUCCUCCACAGCUAAAGCCAUCAUCGGCGCCGUGAUCGGCGUUGUAGGCGCCCUCGUAAUUGGCAUCGUCGUAUUUUUCCUCUACUGGACUAGACGGAGACGGAGGGCCGAGGUCGCGCAUCGGGAAGCGGCGUUACGGGUUGGUGGGGACGAUGAGGAGGAGGUUAGUGAGAAGAGUGGGGAGACGGUGCACGGCGUGGGAGUUAGGGAUGGAGAGGAGGAAGGGGGGUAUAGAGGGUGGUGGGGGAGACAUGGGGGGAAGGGUGCGGUUAGCCCGAGGAUGGCGGCGAACUUUUAAACUGGAGAG